CGGCAUCGGCGUAGCCAAGUGUCCAUGCUGAUUGGUACCUAUGCUGUGGUUCGGUUUAAUUCUACAGAUUGUGAGGAAAGUGACCCAAAGAUAAGUAGAGACUAACAAAAUUUGUUAGUGGAUUUGUUAAACAAAUCCACGUUUUCUCCAAAUAUUUUUUGAAAAUUGAACUAGAUAAUGACUACUGAAAAUUGUGGAAGACUAAUUAAACAGGAGAAGGAGGAAUGUACUGCAGUCCAAAUGAUUAUCUCAAAGUAUGAAUCAGAGCCAGAACAAGUCAAAAGUGAAAAUAUCAUUGAAGUUAAUCAUGAUUUGAAAUGUGAAAGGUAUUCAGAAGUAAAAGGAGCCUUACACUGUGAGGUAUGUGGAGGAGGUUUGCUUAGUCCAACUGAUUUCUUCAGCCCUGAUCAUUCAAAAUUCUGUUAUAACUGUCAAUGCCAGAAUGGGUCUAAUACUAUGCAAGACGAAUAUAUGACUGUGGAUUUGAAACCACUUACUUCAGAUCCUGGAAUCCCUCUUUUUAAAACCCAAGAAGAAACAAUUGUUGAUAAGGAAGAGAAGAUAAUCAAUGAAAAUAUGUCAAGCGAAAAAGAAUAUGCUUUUGAAAGUGUUUAUUUUGUUGAACAGAAAAUAUUACGUGAAACAGAGGAAAUUACUGAAAUACUUACUUCAAGUUCAAUUAGAGAGUGCAGAAUUCGUGAGGAAAAUGAAGUCUGUCCAAAAAAUUUGAAUGAAAGAACUGAUGUUGAAUCUGUUGAAAAUAAGUAUAUAGGGAAGAUCCCACAUAUAAUUUGCAAAAGUAGCUUGAAAUUGCAUGAAAAAAUUCUUGCUAGCAAAAAACCAUUUCAGUGUAAAAUUUGCUCUAAAUCUUUCAUCCAUAAAAAUUAUUUGAAACAUCAUGAAAAAAUUCAUACUGGUGAAAAUCUGUAUCAGUGUAAAAUCUGCUCUAAAUCAUUCCUUCACUGUGAUCAUUUGAAAAGACAUGAAAAAAUUCAUACUGGUGAAAGACCAUUUCAGUGUAAAAUGUGCUCUAAAUCUUUCAUUCAAAAAGUUCAUUUGAAACAUCAUGAAACAAUUCAUACUGGUGAAAAACUGUAUCAGUGUAAAAUCUGCUCUAAAUCAUUCACUCGGUAUGAUAGUUUGAAAAGACAUGAACGAAUUCACAAUGGUGAAAAACCGUUUCAGUGUAAAAUCUGCUCCAAAUCAUUCAUUCAAGGAAGUGAUUUGAAAAACCAUGAAAAAAUUCAUACCGGUAAAAAUAGUUGA